UUCAUUCUUAUAUAAAAUAAUUUCAUAUAAAAAAUACAUAAAUUUUCUUUGUUUCUGUUUUUCUCCCUUUUGUUUCUUCUGUUUCGUUAAAAUAACAACAGAAAAAGAAAAAAACCGAGAGAAAAUUUAUCAGUUUGAAAACACACACAAAAACUGCAAGAGAAACUUUGAAAACAUCUGUCAAGAAAGAGAUUUAAAAAGAAAAGUUUAUAAGAGAAAACAACCCACUGUUUCUGAAAAAAAAACAAGAUGGCAGCGGGGAAAGAUUCAAGCUGGGACGAUAUCAAGAACGAGGGCAUCGAUCUCGAGAAAAUACCUAUCGAGGAGGUGUUUACGCAGCUCAGAUGUACAAGGGAAGGACUGACAAGCGACGAAGGCCACACUCGGCUCGAGAUCUUCGGUCCCAACAAGCUCGAAGAGAAAAAGGAAAGCAAGAUUCUGAAGUUCUUGGGAUUUAUGUGGAACCCUCUCUCGUGGGUCAUGGAGUUGGCUGCUAUCAUGGCUAUCGCCUUGGCCAACGGAGGAGGAAGGCCACCGGAUUGGCAAGAUUUCGUGGGUAUCACGGUUCUUCUAAUCAUUAACUCCACCAUUAGCUUCAUUGAAGAAAACAACGCCGGUAACGCCGCAGCCGCUUUGAUGGCCGGUCUAGCUCCCAAAACCAAACUUCUGAGAGAUGGCAAGUGGAGCGAGCAAGAGGCAGCUAUAUUGGUCCCCGGAGACAUCAUCAGCAUCAAACUUGGUGACAUUGUUCCAGCAGAUGGUCGUCUUCUGGAAGGUGAUCCUCUCAAGAUUGACCAAUCUGCUCUCACCGGUGAGUCUUUGCCAGUAACCAAGAACCCGGGCCAAGAAGUUUACUCUGGCUCCACCUGCAAGCAAGGAGAGCUAGAAGCUGUUGUGAUCGCCACCGGUGUCCACACUUUCUUCGGCAAAGCAGCUCAUUUAGUAGACAGCACAAACCAAGAAGGACAUUUCCAGAAAGUGCUGACCGCUAUUGGAAACUUCUGCAUCUGCUCCAUCGCCAUAGGUAUGAUCAUUGAGAUAGUUGUCAUGUAUCCUAUCCAGCACCGUGCGUACAGAGACGGUAUAGACAAUCUUCUUGUGCUUCUCAUUGGUGGAAUCCCUAUUGCAAUGCCAACUGUUUUGUCAGUCACCAUGGCUAUUGGUUCUCACCGUCUCUCCCAGCAAGGAGCCAUCACAAAGAGGAUGACAGCUAUUGAAGAGAUGGCUGGGAUGGAUGUUUUGUGCAGCGACAAGACUGGGACUCUUACACUCAACAAGCUUACAGUUGACAAGAGCAUGGUUGAGGUUUUUGUCAAAGACUUGGACAAGGAGCAGCUUAUGGUGAAUGCAGCGAGAGCCUCUAGAGUUGAGAACCAGGAUGCUAUUGAUGCUUGCAUUGUGGGAAUGCUUGGAGAUCCAAGUGAAGCGAGACAAGGCAUCACUGAAGUCCAUUUCUUUCCUUUUAACCCUGUGGACAAGCGUACUGCUAUCACUUACAUUGAUUCUAGUGGAAACUGGCACCGUGUCAGCAAAGGCGCUCCUGAGCAAAUCAUUGAGCUAUGUAACCUAAGGGAGGAUACAAAGAAGAGAGCUCAUGACAUCAUUGACAAGUUUGCUGACAGAGGACUUCGUUCUCUUGCUGUUGGCAGACAGACUGUCUCUGAGAAAGACAAGAACAGCCCUGGAGAGCCAUGGCAGUUUCUUGGUUUGUUACCGCUCUUUGAUCCUCCAAGACAUGACAGUGCAGAGACAAUCAGGCGAGCCCUUGACCUCGGUGUCAAUGUCAAGAUGAUCACUGGGGACCAGCUCGCCAUUGGUAAGGAAACUGGUCGUAGGCUCGGUAUGGGCACCAACAUGUAUCCUUCUUCUGCUCUACUUGGACAGGACAAGGAUGAGUCUAUAUCUAGCAUUCCUGUUGAUGAACUCAUCGAGAUGGCUGAUGGAUUCGCCGGUGUCUUCCCUGAACACAAGUAUGAGAUUGUGAAGAGGCUACAGGAGAUGAAGCACAUCUGUGGCAUGACUGGUGACGGUGUAAACGAUGCUCCGGCUCUCAAGAGAGCUGACAUUGGAAUAGCUGUCGCUGACGCGACCGAUGCAGCGAGAAGUGCAUCUGACAUUGUACUAACCGAGCCAGGUCUCAGCGUCAUAGUCAGUGCUGUCUUGACGAGCAGAGCCAUCUUUCAAAGAAUGAAGAACUACACGAUCUAUGCAGUCUCCAUCACCAUCCGUGUGGUCAUGGGGUUUAUGCUUCUUGCACUCAUAUGGAAGUUCGACUUCUCACCGUUCAUGGUGUUGGUGAUCGCUAUCCUGAAUGAUGGAACUAUCAUGACCAUAUCAAAGGAUAGAGUGAAGCCUUCUCCGCUUCCUGAUUCGUGGAAACUCAAAGAGAUUUUUGCCACUGGUGUUGUUCUCGGCACUUACCUUGCAGUGAUGACUGUUGUUUUCUUUUGGGCUGUUGAGAGCACUGACUUCUUCUCGGCAAAGUUUGGGGUGAGAUCAAUUAGUGGCAAUCCGCACGAGCUUACAUCAGCUAUAUACCUCCAAGUGAGUAUCAUUAGCCAGGCGCUUAUCUUUGUGACAAGGUCACGUAGCUGGUCGUAUGCUGAACGUCCUGGCUUCUGGUUGAUCGCUGCCUUUUUCUUAGCUCAGCUGAUUGCUACUCUCAUUGCUGUGUAUGCAAACUGGGACUUUGCAAGAAUCAGAGGCACUGGAUGGGGAUGGGCAGGAGUUAUCUGGCUGUACAGUAUAGUUACUUACAUCCCACUGGAUAUCCUCAAGUUUAUCAUCAGAUAUUCACUAAGUGGUAGAGCUUGGGAUAAUGUCAUUGAGAACAAGACCGCUUUCACGUCAAAGAAAGACUAUGGAAAAGGAGAGAGGGAAGCACAAUGGGCACAAGCUCAACGUACACUCCACGGAUUGCAGCCUGCUCAGCCCUCAGAGAUGUUUAACGAUAAGAGCACUUACAGAGAACUUUCAGAGAUAGCAGAUCAGGCCAAGAGACGGGCUGAAGUCGCAAGGUUAAGAGAGCAUCAUACAUUGAAAGGUCACGUGGAAUCAGUAGUGAAGCAGAAGGGACUUGACAUAGAGGCAAUCCAGCAACACUACACCCUGUGAUUGAUUUUCAGAAACAAAAGUGUUUCUCAGUUUAGUUUUAGAACCAAAACCCACAAGAGUAUUGAAUAAUAAACCACCACCUUUCAUCAUUAGAAAAAUACUGCGAAAAAGAAAAAGAAGAAAAUGGUUAAAUUUCUUUUCAUAGCAGUGGCUGUUGGCUGCUUUAUUUGUUUUGAGAUAUUCUUGUUUUUAUUGCCCUUUACAAAGCUAAUAAGAUAUAUUACAUACAGUUGCUUAGAAA